AUGAAGGAGAUGGAACUGGACCGAUCGCCGUUAAGACGCGACUGGGAUGACGAUGAGCUACACGAUAGUGUGAAGCAGUUCUUUGCGGUGGAAGAGAAUGGAGUGAAGCAGCUGGAAACUACGCUCAGUCCGGAUGAAAGGCGUGCUCAGGAAUUGCUGGAGAUGACGACUAAGCGAAUCGGUAGCCACUUCGAAACAGGCCUACUGUGGAAGGAGGACGAGAUCGAACUACCGGACAGCUACGGCAUGGCGUUGCGACGACAUCAGUGCCUUCAAUGGAGGAUGGAGCGGCAGCCAGCUCUGAAAGAGAACAUUGGCCGGCAGAUACAGGAAUACAUCGACAAAGGCUAUGCUCAUCGAGCCACUUCAACAGACCUAGAGACGGCAGAUGCCAGGAGAAUUUGGUUUCUACCGCUAGGAGCCGUCACGAACCCAAAUAAACCUGGAAAGGUGCGGCUUAUAUGGGACGCAGCAGCAAAAGUUUCUGGUGUAUCGCUGAACAGUGUCUUGUUGAAAGGACCGGACCAGCUAACAUUGUUACCAGCUGUACUGUUUCGCUUCCGGAUGUAUUCCGUUGCUGUGAGCGGAGAUAUAGAACAGAUGUUCCAUCAAGUGGGCAUCCGACCUGAGGAUAGAAACUCCCUGCGCUUCCUGUGGAGCGAAACUUCUGAUGAACCAGUGCAGAUUUACCUCAUGGACGUCGCUACGUUCGGCGCAACGUGCUCGCCUGCAUCGGCGCAGUACGUGAAAAACCUAAAUGCCUCGGAACACCAGCAGCAAUACCCAAGAGCCGUGGAAGGAAUAUUGAAGAGCCAUUAUGUCGACGACUAUCUCGACAGCUUUGGCAGCGAAAGCGAAGCGGAGAAGGUUUCUGCAGAAGUGAGACUAGUACAUCGUAACGGCGGUUUUCAUCUUCGCAAUUGGAGGUCGAACAGCAAAAGGGUUUUGGCAGCACUUGGAGAAACAGCCCAAGAAGACAAUAAAAAGCUGUAUCUUGAAUCGGAUGAACAAGUUGAACGCGUGCUCGGGAUGCUUUGGUCCUCAAGUACGGACGAGUUAAGCUUCUCCACUUGCUUGAGAGAGGACGUCAGGCAGCUCUUGGAUAGCGGUAGUCGUCCGACGAAACGGCAGGUGCUCCGAUGCGUAAUGUCUUUGUUCGACCCUCUCGGACUUUUGGCAUUUUUCGUUAUUCACGGGAAGGUUCUUAUUCAGGACUUGUGGCGAGCUGGGACAGAAUGGGAUGAAGCAGUCGGCGACGCAGUAUUUGAACACUGGAAUCGUUGGACGAAGAUGAUCGAGUUUGUAGCAGCGGUAAGAAUACCGAGAUGUUAUUUCCUUCGAGCAACAGAACAAACGUACAAAGAUGCCCAAAUUCACAUUUUCGUGGACGCCAGCGAGAUAGCGUACUCGUGUGCAGCUUACAUCCGAACGGCUGUUGGAGAUGGAACGUUUGCCUGUGUUUUGGUCUCUGGUAAAUCCAAAGUAGCUCCGCUUAAGCCGAUGUCUAUUCCGAGAUUAGAACUGCAAGGAUGUGUCCUCGGUACACGUUUACUGAAAUUCGUCCAGGAUAAUCAUCCUAUCGUAUUCUCCAGGAGGUUCCUCUGGACGGACUCUACGACAGCUAGAGCGUGGAUUAGCUCAGACCCGAGGCGCUACAAACCAUUCGUAGCCCAUAGAGUCGGAGAAAUUUUGGAGACUACGAAAGUUAAUGAAUGGCAGUGGGUUCCGUCCAAGCUCAACCCAGCAGAUGAGGCAACCAAGUGGGGUCGUGGACCUUACUUCAGUCCGGAAAGCCAAUGGUUCAAAGGGCCAGAAUUUCUGCGGUAUUCAGAGGAAUCGUGGCCCAGAAAAGCCAAUCCAAUCGAGUCUACAAACGAAGACAUCAGACCAUCAGUACUGUUCCAUUUCGCAUUCGUUCCAACACUGGACUUUGAGCGUUUUUCGUCAUGGAAUAGAAUGCUACGCGCCGUAGCCUACGCAUUGCGUUUCAUCUUCAACAUCGCAAAACCGGCUCAAAGGCUCCGUGGUCCACUUUCACAAGCUGAGUUGCUCAGUGCAGAACGGACGAUUUGGAAGCUCGUACAGCGAGAAAGUUACCCGGACGAGAUUGCUACCCUGGAGAGGAAUAAAUCCGAAUCGACGGGACAACUCCUAGAUCGGAAAAGCAACUUGAUAAAGCUGAUGCCUGCUCUUGACGAGCUCGGAUUAUUGCGGCAGCGUAGCCGUAUUGUUGCUGCGGAGAACGUGACCUACGAUACCCGGUUUCCGAUAAUUCUGCCUGCGAAGCACCGUGCUGUCAACCUGUUGGUAGAAGACUAUCAUCGGCGCUACCGGCAUGGAAACAACGAAACCAUUGUCAACGAGCUACGUCAACACUACGCCAUUUCGGGCUUACGUAGAAUCGUAAAGAAGGUCACAUAUAGCUGUCAGCUGUGCAAGAUUCGCAAGGCGCGUCCUUGCAAUCCACCGAUGGCGGCACUUCCUCCAGCCCGCUUGGCGAUGAAUGUCCGUCCGUUCAGCUAUGUUGGCCUGGAUUAUUUUGGGCCAUUCCUAACAAAAGUAGGACGUUCAAACGUGAAAAGGUGGAUCGCCCUCUUCACAUGCCUCACCGUACGAGCUGUACACCUUGAGAUAGCGUAUAGCUUAUCAACGGCCUCUUGCAUAUCUUGUGUACGACGCUUCAUCGGUCGCCGAGGAUCGCCGAUAGAAAUCUUCAGCGACAACGGAACGAACUUCCAGGGGGCGGAACGCAUAUUGCGAGAGCAGAUCGACACGGAAUUGGCAACGACGUUCACCAACUCAAACACGAAGUGGAGCUUCAUUCCUCCUGGAGCUCCACAUAUGGGAGGUGCUUGGGAGAGGUUGGUACAGUCUGUGAAGGCGGCAAUGAAAGAUGCCUAUGCAGAGGGGAAGUUGAGCGAUGAGGGAUUGCAAACGAUGGUUGUUGAAGCAGAGAGCAUUGUAAAUUCGAGGCCUCUGACAUACUUGCCGUUAGACUCUGAGGAGUCGGAAGCAUUGACUCCCAAUCACUUCCUUUUGGGGACCUCUAGUGGCGCUAAGCAAAGUAGUGUAGGCAUCGAGGAAUCACAAAAGCGUCUACAUGACACGUGGGGAGCAAUACAGAGUCAGCUGGACAAGUUUUGGCAACGCUUUCUGGUGGAGUUGGCGACCUUGUCCUUGUCGCAGACGGCGCUCGGCGAUGUGAGUGGAUACGAGGCAAGGUUACGCAGAUCUUCGAAGGAGCAGAUGGUCGUAUUCGCCAAGCACUUGUACAAACUCGCCAGGGAAGCUUCAGAAGACCAACGACUAGGUUGGCUGUACUCGACAUUCAAUCUCUCUUCCCACCCAACAGAGGCGUUGCUACAAUCUCGUCCAUUGCCGCACAUCCCACCACCCGGUAGCAUCAUUCCUGGCGAUGUACUUGCUCAAAGCCAAGACGGCUCGGAAAACCACACCGGAACGCUUCAUUCCCAGGGUAGCUCAAAUACAGCUCAAUCCAGUUUCGAAAAUGCACAUCGAUGGACAUCCAAAGAAAACCUGCUGGCUCCCGGUCCGGAAGAGGACGAUCCACAACUGUUCGUAGCGCUAUACGAUUUUAAAGCAGGUGGUGAGAAUCAGUUGAGUUUACGAAAGGGAGAGCAAGUACGAAUAUUAUCCUACAACAAAUCUGGAGAAUGGUGCGAAGCGCACUCCGACUCGGGUCACGUAGGAUGGGUUCCUUCCAACUACGUUACUCCUCUAAAUUCCCUGGAAAAGCACUCCUGGUAUCAUGGGCCAAUUUCGCGAAAUGCCGCCGAAUACUUGCUUAGUUCCGGUAUCAACGGAAGUUUUCUAGUCCGGGAAAGCGAGAGUUCACCUGGGCAACGUAGUAUAAGUUUACGGUAUGACGGACGAGUCUACCACUAUAGGAUAUCGGAAGAUUCCGAUGGCAAAGUGUACGUAACUGCAGAGGCUAAAUUUAAUACCCUUGCCGAACUGGUGCAUCAUCACAGCGUACUUCACGAGGGCCAUGGACUGAUAACGCCUCUGCUCUACCCGGCGCCAAAGCAGAACAAACCAACAGUAUUCCCUCUGAGUCCGGAACCGGACGAGUGGGAAAUCUGCCGGACGGACAUAGUAAUGAAACAUAAGCUGGGUGGUGGUCAGUACGGGGAAGUGUACGAGGCUGUGUGGAAGCGGUACGGGAAUACGGUAGCGGUAAAGACACUCAAGGAGGACACAAUGGCACUAAAGGAUUUCCUAGAAGAGGCUGCUAUAAUGAAGGAAAUGAAACAUCCGAACUUGGUGCAACUGAUUGGUGUAUGUACGCGAGAGCCACCAUUCUACAUUAUCACCGAAUUUAUGAGCCAUGGCAACUUGCUGGACUUCCUUCGCUCGGCUGGCCGAGAAACGUUAGAUGCCGUGGCGCUACUGUACAUGGCCACCCAGAUAGCAUCCGGUAUGAGUUAUCUGGAAAGCCGAAACUUUAUUCAUCGGGAUCUGGCGGCACGAAACUGUCUCGUAGGUGAUAAUAAUCUCGUAAAGGUGGCUGAUUUCGGGCUGGCCCGAUUGAUGCGAGACGACACCUAUACGGCUCAUGCAGGUGCCAAAUUUCCUAUCAAGUGGACUGCUCCUGAAGGUUUAGCGUAUAACAAAUUUAGCACCAAAUCGGACGUUUGGGCUUUUGGUGUACUAUUAUGGGAAAUAGCAACGUACGGCAUGUCACCUUACCCCGGAAUAGAUUUGACGGAGGUGUUUCAUCGAUUGGAAUCUGGAUACCGAAUGGAAAGGCCCCCCGGCUGUCCGCCGGAAGUCUAUGAACUCAUGAGAAAAUGCUGGCAAUGGAAUGCUCAGGAUCGACCGACCUUUAAAAGCAUUCACCACGACCUAGAGCACAUGUUUCAGGAAUCGUCCAUCACUGAAGCGGUAGAAAAACAGUUGCAAGGCGUCUCUCAACCAGUACAGCUGACGCCGCAGAUGGCGAAAAAGCCUCAGAUGGGCACGCAACAGGCACCUCAGCACGAGCCGGUUAUCACUCCAAUAUCGGACACUGGCUCCAACUCAAAGCUCAGCACAUUUCCGAACAAACCGGCCACAGCCGGGGUACAAAUGCGGCGUACCACUAACAAACGUGGCAAAACGGCGCCAGCCCCACCGAAGCGAACGAGCUUACUCUCUUCUAGUCGUGAUUCAACAUACCGGGACGAGGACAGCGGAAAGACUGGCGAAGGCGACCAAAACACAAACGGUAUAAUACCAAUCACAAAAUCGUCCUCUUGCAGUAGUUUCCUUAUCGAUAAGCUGUUUCGAGGAUUUUCACGAGAUCUCGCAAAUUUGGUUAACCGAACGACGGACUCCGAAAAUGAGCAAACGGAAAUAACGCCAGACACCGAUACCGAUAGUCAAGAGCCAUGUGGAAACUUCCAGAAGUCUUCGUCGCAGCAAAGUUCCUUCAAACGCGUUCCAAUUAUGGGCAACCGAGGGUUGGAAACGCGUAGCAGUAAACGUUUACCUCAGGGUGCUCCUCGAAAGGAUCAAAAUGGCCCGAUCAGUGGUCAACCGCCCACUGGGAUAACGAUGAAUGCCGCCGGACAGCCCGUGGUUGGUGCGUUGGAGGUUCAGAAUGUUAAGAAAGCUAUUAAUCGGUAUGGGACUUUACCAAAGGGAGCCAGAAUUGGUGCUUAUUUGGAAUCUCUGAGACAGACUGAUGGUUCCACAGGCCAACCGAUUCCACAGCAGAUGCAAACUAAUUCUGUUCCACCAGACCCACCGCCACCAAUGGCAGCGGCAAAUGUUAUAUCUAACAGUUUACUAGCUGCUCAAAGAUCGGCCGUUAAGCUUCAACAACAGCAGCCGCAGAUGAUUCGAAGUAAUUCUUCCAGUGGGGUUACAAUGGCCAACUCGGCAACCGCUAGUCUUUCGAAACUACAACGACACAGAACCACAACCGACGGCUCCAUGAUGACGUUCUCAUCAUUCCGGGGUACGGUUGGUAACAACAGCCCUAAACGGUCUAUGCCUCCAACGCUUGCAGAUUUGGAAUUUCCACCACCGCCAGUAGAUUUACCUCCUCCUCCUGAAGAAUUUGAAGUCCACAAUCUUCCAGGUCCUCCGAUGGAGAAACUUAUGAAACCAUCAAAUGAUGUUUCCAACACUGAACCAAGUGUAGAGGAAGCUAGCUCUAGAUUUGGCGUAAGUCUUCGGAAGAGAGAACCAUCCACCGACUCAUGCAGUUCUCUCGGCAGCCCAGCCGAUGCUGUUGCGCAUAAUAGCAUUGAACCGUCCGCCGCACCCAUUCCACCACCCCCAAGCUUAAAGGAAAAGCUUGAAUCAAAGUUCGCCGCUGAAAUCAAAGAGAAAGCAAAUGUGCCAAAGUCAGCCGCGAACAUCGACAGUCAUUAUAAAUCUACAACCGAUCCGGCCUCACAAUUAGUCAGUGAGCUAGCGGAAAGCAUGAUUCUACCAAAACCUCCUCCACCGUUGCCUCCAAUUGACGUGGCGCAGCACUAUAAAUCCUCGGACGUAAGUUCACUGCGAAGGACAAAACCGGUUGAAUCCAGUACUAGCGCAGUGCCACAACCUCCUGCUUUCAAAGCGCAACUCAAAAAGAUCGAUCCCAAACGAAUCCCGAACCAAAUCCCCAAGAAAGAGGAGACUAGCAAUAUCAUCGACUUUAAAUCGCGGCUACGUAAAGUCGAGAGUAGCGCCGAUUCCAACGCAGUCAGCAAUGGGAUAAGUGCAAGCGAUCAAAAUACGACGACGAUCGGAAGUAGUGACUCCAGCUCAGACAAUAAUAACAAGAAUCAUUCUAACAAUAGCGUGAAUAAUAAUAAUAACAGUAACAUUAUAAACAACAACCAAGCCAAUGAUCAUCACUCCAGCGACAAUGAGAUGAAACCUAGGAAAGGCGAACUGCGGAAUGGGACGAGCAAAAACAGCAGUGCUGGUUCGGACAAACUGCUGCAGGAAAAUAAUGAGCUAAAUAGUUUAAAACUUAAGAAAGCUUCCCCUUCGGUGGUCACAAGCGUGGCACCAAUCGAUAGCAAUAAAAUUAUCGAGUUGAAAAAGACUGAAAUUAAAAUUGAACUUAGUCAGGAGGAAAGAAAGCGGGAGAGUUUGGAAGGUAUUUCACUGAAAGCGGAAGGGGCCAUAACAGGCGGUGAUAAUCUUUCGACUGGCAGCGGAGGUACCACAGGAGAUGAAGGAGACAAACGCAAGAGUACUGGUAGUAUCAGUAGUUUGAAGAAGCUGUGGGAAGCUAAAGAAUCGCCAAACGAUCAAAGUUCUCAGUUAAGCCCUAAACUUGGUGUUAAAAGUGCGGCCAAUACCAAAAUGAAUAACAAUCUCGAUGAUGAUAGCAGCAAUGUCGUUAACAAUUCCAGUACAACUGCGACCUCGGCAAGCGUUGAAGAUCAUCACCAAUCAACGCAGCAGGUUUUCGUAAAAAAGCCUGCCGUUCCGGUGAAACCUUCCAAAUUCUCGUCGAUAUAUGCUACCCCUAUACAAACCCAAGCCCCCGCCUCAACGGCAAAUAAUUCAAUCAAUAACACCACUACAACCACAUCGAAGUCGAACGAUAGCAAUAGUUCACUCCUUUCGGAAAAAUCAACGGCCUCCUCUUCGUCGGGUCCUUCCUCAACCGCCAGUCGCGAGGGCAUUCUCGAACUGGUCCAACUACUCGAAGGUAGUCUCAAGCUACCGGUGAAUUCGAUUUCCGCUUCGCAAUGGUUGCAACUCAGUGAGCGGCUCAAUUCCCUACAGUCCAGUUGUGUGACGUUCGCUGACAACGAAACGCUGCCGCCGCACACCAAGUUCCACUUCCGGGAACUGGUUACCCGGGUGGAGAACCAGUCGCGGUCGCUUCGCUCGGCUGGCAGCAAGAACGUGCAGGACAACGAGAAAUUGGUGCUCGAAGUCGGUCAAUCAUUGAAGCAAAUUUCGAACGCGCUGCACAGGGAUACUAGAACAGGCAGUCACCAGUUGCCAAUUAUGACCAUUAGCUAGAAAGGAUGGUGCAAGCAAUCCGCGCGUACAUGCGGCAGUGAUUGGCCGACCCCAGAGUAAGACAUCUAAUCAGAAUGUUUGUGAUUACUAUCCACUGCUAUUCUUGAGAGCAUUGUAACAGUGAUACAGGUAUAUUAGUUGUCUUUGGCUAAGUAGCUACGCAAAGCGAUAUUUUCCAUUGCAAGUUCUCACAAUUUAGACCAUUGCCCACACAGAAUUUAUCAACUUUCUACUUGCUAUUGUAAUAAAAACUCCUAACUAUCUAUAUGCAUGCUACUUGUACUCGAUUUUACAACGGGAUCUUCUAACUACAACAUAAAAUAUACUGAUCAUGCGCCUAUGAUGGGUCAUGUAGAUUUGAAAUGUGACUUCAUAUGAGGUGCCAUACCGUCUGACCAUGAUUCCUCGUAAAAGCCAUUCGGAAGGAUAAGACUAAGGGAUAAGUACAAUUCAAAUUUACAUCGAUUCACCCAUGUCGCGUAAUAAAAAAUAAAGUAAAAUCAAUCGACCAGUGAGCACACGCUGUAGAAUGGCUGAUAUCCGACAGGAAGUGUAAUGCCAUCGAAAACUAUUGCCGUCGUGUUGAAUAAGAAAUGAAACGUUAUUCGCACUCGUGUAUAAACCAGCAAUUGACGCUCAAUUAUAUUGCCAAAAAAUGAAGUGAACUAAUUUUAAAUGAUUUUAACCGACACGUCUGAUAGUUUUUAACCAAUGGUAAAAAUGGUAAAGUAUUGAUCAAGCAAAGCAUGAAAGCAAAAAUCAGGACUGAGAUUUUAUUAAGAAUAAAUUUUUAAAUCCAACCUUUUCAAUUGUUUCAAUUUUAAUCGGAAUGCAUGGUUUUAGAUAUCGUUAUCUAAAAUCGGCUUUUUUAUCAAGAGCAUGAUUAAUAUGCUUUAUUUAAGCCAAAGAGCUUAAGACUUGUGUUUAAUUUUUAAAAGCUAACGUUUUCAUGAAACACCUCUUUCGUAAUGAUUGGCAUGCAAUCAGAAUGGUUUGAUUUUGGUGUUUCCAUGUAUAAAUUAUGUUAUGAAUUUUCAGAUUGAACGAAUGAAAUAUGCAGAACAUGAAGUAGCGUUUCCUCGAUGCAAAAGUCCAAUCCAAUCGUGCGUAAAUAAUCUAAGUUAUUUAAAAAUAUCUCUAAAAGGUAACAGUAAAAUGCUAGUCGUAAACAUUUAUACACAUUAUCAAUAACAGUGUUAUAACGAGCCCGUUACUUGUAUAUUAACGGGAAAAUGAACAUUAUGCACGUGACACGUGAUUGAAUGAAAGCAACGGUUUUAUGACUGAAGUUGUUGUUUACUAACGAAAGUAUGAGUGAAAAUUGAAACUUUUUUUUGAUAACACUGUCUAAAAUCAUUGAGUAAUCAAAUAUCCAUCAAACUAUGAGUUUAAGCAUCAGCGCGUCUCUCUAGGAAGUUAAAUAUAAUCAAAGGAUGAAAAAAAUCAAACAAAAUUGAGACGUGUGAAAAAUUUACUAAAUAUAUUUUUCGAAACACUGAUAUGGUAAUAGCAUUCAUCAUUAUCGUACAUCUUCAUGACAUAUAUUCACGCUCAUAUAAAAAUCGACAUAAAGAUAUUAUUAAAUAAAAAUGUAAAUCAAAAUGAGGAGUUAAAGGAAACAAAUUACGUGACCGAACAGGCAAGAACGCAUGAUAAUAAGCGAACAUUAUUACUCAAAUGAAAAAAGUGAAUAUAAGUGUAGUAGUGACUUUAUCAAAAGUAUGUGAACAUAUUAUCAAACUAGUAACGAAACGUAAAACCCAAGUGAAAAAGCGUGAUAUGAUAAAACAAAAGUAUAUACACCCUCUCUUAUAAGACAAAAGAGAACAAAAAAAGCUCCACAUACAACACUAAAAUACCGAAGCAUGCUAAAAAAACGAAUGCAAGUUUGGCAACUUGCAGUAUAAAAAUGAAAAUCAACAAUAAAAAUAUCGCUGUAAGGCAAUAAUAAUGAUAA